AUGUCAUAAAAUUCUAACUCAUCCACAUCAUAACGUAAACCAUGGACACCUGAUGAAGACAGGUUGCUGGCUGAACUUAAAAAAAACAAAGACUAUGAUUGGAUUGAAGUUGCAAGGAGAAUUGAGGGUCGUAAUCCAUCUUAAUGUUCUUAAAGAUGGAAGCGUAUCAAAGGAUUCAAACUACGAAGAACAUGGACAACAGAAGAAGAUGAGAAAUUGUUAGAAUUAAUAAAUGUUCACAAUUUUAAUUGGUGUUUAAUAAGUACUUUUUUUAAAAACAGAUCUGGAAAACAGGUUAGAGAACAUUAUCUUAAUCAAUUGGAUCCAUAAAUUAACACUUCCCCUUGGAGUAUUGAAGAGGAUAAAAAGAUUGUUGAACUUUAUCAAUCAAUAGGAGGAAAGUGGAGUGUAAUUACUAAAUAACUUAACUCAAGAUCAGAGAAUAGUGUUAAAAAUCGUUUCUAUUCAUGUCUUAGACACAAAUAUCUAAACAUUAAAAAUCCAUAUUAUAUUGUGCCUGAGAAAAAAUAAAAGUUGAAUGAAGAAGAUAGCUAUUAGAAUUAAAAUUUUUAAGAGCAAUAAAAUAUCACUGAAAUUCAAUAACCAUAUUAACACACUUAAGUUUAAUAAGCGCUUACUUAUGUUCAUCUUUAUGAAAAUUAUCUCUAUUAAGUUCCAAUAUAUAUGCCUUAACCUAUAUUAGUGCCAGUAUAUAUUUAUCCAUCAUAAUUUCAAUUCAAUAAUCAAUGA